CAUAACCGGCACUCUGUUCCUCGUGCCUCACGAGAGCAGGAAGUCAAAGGGCGUGGGCGGUGCACGCGCAUGCGUGUAGUGUGCGUGAGGCCCCGAAGAGUCCACAGGGCGUCGUGAACUAGGGUCACCGUGGAAAAGAGGCCAUUGCACCCCACAGCCACGUGGGGUGGGUGGGGGACGGGGUUCAUUGGGCCAGGAGGACAUUAUGGACCCCCGGGGGCCAGGCCCCCAGCCUUUCCAGCGGCCUGAGAAACCUGGUCGUGUCCGUCGUCGGAAGACCAGGCGGGAGCGUAAUGAGGCCCUGAUGGGCAGCCGCCGGCCAUUGACCCAUCAGGAUCCUCCUGUGACCAGUCAGGAUCCACCUGUGGCCCCUACUGUUCCCAAGGUUGUGGUCAUAACGCAGGGCCGGCUGAGCCGGGAGCACCGGGGUCUCUUUAAUCAUGAGGUGAAAUCUCUGGAUGUGGCCCGGCUGCUUAGCAGUGGGUCCCUAGAGUCCGGCACCCCUUCACUCCCCACCAAAUGCUUCUCAAGCCCAAGCUGGGCCCAAGAACCAGCUCCCCAGUCAAGGGGCAAGGAGAACCAGGUGCCUAGAGGCUCAGGCCCAGGCCCACCCAGUCCCCCAGAGCUCCCUGGCUUGGGGCAGCUGCUGGAGGAGCUUCAGUGCCAGUUGAUUCUGCCACAGGCCUUCCCCAGGAGGAACCUAGUGCAGGAGGCCAGGGAUGCCAUCGUGGGCACUUUACAGGCCUGCCAUGGCUGCGUGCCCGACCUUACCCUGGUGCUCCGUGACUGCCAGCCACCCUUACCAGGGACCAAGCCUGGGGGCCCUGAAAGACAAAGGAUGACACCCUCCUGGAUCAACAGCCCGGAGCAGGCCCCAGGGGAGAGGAGGCAGAGGAGGCAACAGAGGACAAAGGAGCUCACUUUCUCCAUGCCUCACACCUCCAGCACUCCCCUGGUGCACAGGGUGAGCCUGGCGCCACCAAAAGGUCCCUGGCCACCGCCUUUGCCCUUGUUGCCUUCGCCAUCCGGGGCAGCCUGGGGCCCCCCAACAGCCUUUGACCUACUGAAAAGCAUCUGGCUGGUUGCCACACCUCCCCCUCCCCGGCCCUGGGGGGUUGGCCCACAACAACCGCUGCCUCAGCCACCAUCACCCUUGUUGCCCCGAACCUCUGCCCUGGAUUGGAGCCCCAGCCCUCCUGCCCCACUGCCCAGCCUCUCCUGGGUGGUGGCCCAGAGCAGCCCAGAGGCCUGGUCCUUUCCACCUAUGAGACUGUACUGAGGGGACUGAGGCUGGGCUAGGGGCAGGAAACCCGCACUCCUGAUCACUUCAAUAAAGUACCUUCUUCAUGGUC